CAGGCCAUUGCCAAGAUUUUUCAGUUCAACGCUUCUUUGGAUACUAUUUGAAUACAAACUCUCCUCGAUAAAUUGGAGAGCAUUUCAAGAAAUUGCAGAGAGGGAGAAAGAGAGUUAUGGUGAGAGAGAUGGCCGCAGUUGCAGAGGCACAACAGAGCAGGCAGGGUGGGCGACCUCUUCCACCUCCUCCUCAACCACGCAUGGGAGGACCCCCUCCUCCACCCUCUCGCCCUCGUUCGGAGCCUGUUGAUAGAGAGAAGACCUGCCCUUUGCUACUUCGAGUUUUCACUAAGAUUGGAGGACAUCACACCAAGGAAGACUUUGUGGUGAGGGGAAAAGAGCCCAAAGAUGAGGUCCAGAUUUAUACAUGGAAGGAUGCUACCCUUCGGGAGUUGACUGAUCUGGUCAAAGAGGUUGCACCGGCUGCAAGGAGAAGGGAUGCUAAGCUAUCGUUUGCAUUUGUGUAUCCUGACAAAAAUGGCCGCUUUGUGGUGAAACCUGUGGGGAUGACUCAUGCUUAUGGGAAUGUGAGGCGACUAGAUGAUGCGAAGGCGUUAGCUGAUCUCAGUUUUCAGAUUGGGGAUUACUUGGAUGUGGCCAUCUUAUAGAGGCAGCUAUACCUGGUUAGCAGUGUUAAGGUGAAAUUCAGCUGAUGCUUAUUGUUUCUUUUCAUGUAACAAGUUGUUGUGAUUGUGACAUGUAGUCGCAUUCAUCCCAUUUUUCCAUUCAGAUACAAGGAGCAGCUAUAGUCAGCUACCAUGCAUAUUGUCAUUCCAUGUCCAGCUAAUAAUGGAUAACAUAUGGUUAUAGGUAUGAUGUUCUUCUUUAGGAAAAGGUUUUGUUGAAAUGAGGCUUGUGGUGGAUAUUCAUGGUAUAAACAAUUGUGUGAGACUGAUAUGUGAAAAGAUGGUUAUAUUUCUUGGUGGUGGUUUA